GUUAUUCCAAGGACACUUCCUUAAUCCUGGGUCCAAUAAGUCAUUGUUGGUUAAUUUAUUAUGAUGCUUAUCUUUGUUGAUUUGAGCAUGUGUACCCAUCUUAUUCUUUAAAAGCUGUGCUCCUCAGUCUGUUUUUGAACAAAUCUUGUUGGCUCAUUGUGCUGCUUUUGUCCGACUUGCGUCAUUGACAGAGAACUGCAACAUUUUGUAAAAGUCUUUUUCACUGCAGCUAUGCUGUCUUAUUCAACCCCACCUCCUCUCUACCUGAGCCUCCUUCUCUUUCUGUCCUGCAACUCCCCUGUUCUUUCCUGUCAGACUGGAAACUACGUCCAGUGCAAGGCUGCUCCUUUUAUACCAGGUCACAACCUGGUGGGGGAGGGAUUUGACGUGGUCACUCUGCGACGAAAGGGAGCCUAUAUGAUUGAUGUGGAUACCUACUUCACCCCAAGUGAAACAUGUACUCUCUGCUCCAACCCGCUUCAAGGCAACGUGCUGCAAAAACUGCCAGUCUCUGCAGUGGACUGGCGUGCAUUCAGCCGAUGCAGUGCUGACAUUUACAGCAGUGCCCACAGCUCUGUUAGCUCUCUGGUUGACACUUACACCUCCCAGGACAGUGCUGACUGGAAGGUUGGCCUAAAUUUAGAGAAGUUUGUGGCUGCUAGCCUGGAUGUGGGAGGAACGCAAUCCACUGCCUAUAACUUUGCUUCAAAAAGGACAAAAGAGGACCGCCACACCUUCAGCACACACAGGGUCACCUGCAACCAUUACAUUUACCGAGUAUCAGACAGACCGCCUCUCAGCCCUGAGUUCAGCUCGGCUGUAGCUAAGCUACCAAGAUGCUACAACAGCUUCACCAGAGCUCAGUACAGUCAGCUCAUACACACCUAUGGCACGCACUACAUCCGCCAGGUUCACCUUGGUGGUCGACUGAGGCGAGUCACAGCUGCACGAACCUGUCUGUCCUCACUGAAUGGACUCACCUCAAAUCAGGUCCACUCCUGUUUGUCGCUGGGUUUCUCUGUCGGCUUGGGAAAGAGCCAACUAUCUGGUAACAGAGACUCUUGCAACAAGGUCCUACAAAACCAGGGUCUCUCUGUUACAUACAGCUCUGGACUCUACCAACACUACACAGAGGUGGUAGGAGGCAAUGGUUGGUUGGGAGAGUUUACACUCAUGCGUAAUGACUCCCUUGGUUUUCUAACUUGGCUGAAGACACUGAAGGAUCACCCAGAUGUUGUUUCCUACUCCCUUCGGCCAAUCUACGAGCUGAUGACAAAUGAUGCGCAAAAGACAGGGAUGAAAGCUGCCAUUGAGCAGUACUUAGAGGACAAUGCUGUGAAAAAAUCACCCAGUGAGCCAAACUGUGGUUCAAACGUUCCUAAUCUGGCUUCCAACUGCUGUCCUCUGCAAGCCUGGAGGGGGACGCUAAGGGUUACCAUUGUGCGAGCCUGGGACCUGAAAGGAGAUCCAACUGGCCAGACCGAGGGCUAUGCAAAAAUGUGGUUUGGCUCCAUCUAUCGGCAGACUAAUUGGAUUCGGUCAAACAAUCCCCGGUGGAACGCUUAUUAUAAUCUGGGCAAGGUGGACACACACUCUGGUUUGAAGGUUGAAGUUUGGGACAAGGACGUAACGUAUGAUGACUUUCUGGGAUCAUGUGUCAAGUAUCUUCAGCAGGGGACACACACAUUUACCUGCCCAGCUAAAAGAGGAGGUUUUGAGGUCCGGUACACUCUGACAUGUGACCCUCAUCUGGCUGGAGACCGGUGUAACAGUUACAAACCAUCUGCAAAAUAACAAAUGUAUUUUGAGUGUUAAGCUGUGGAUAUCCCACACCUACUGUGGCCAGUACAAUCUUGUUUCCAUACAUGCGUAAAAGAGUUCACCACUCUGUCAAAAACUGGCUGAGUACAGAGUUCAACUAUUUAGGAUUAAUGGUGUUUAAAAGAGCUGAAGGCAAAAGACAAAGAAAAGAAAGCCGAGGACAGGAGUGGAUUCUGGAGCAGACCGCUGAGAAAAAACUGACCCAGCAGCAUCUUCUUCCUUCCCCGUCUCUCCACCUUUCUUUCACCCCAUCCUUCUUCUCUCUCUCUCUCUCAUCUUCUCUACCCUCACCUCUCACCUUUAACCCACCUUCUCUUUCACCGUCCCUCUCCUCCUAAAAAUCCCCCCAAACUUUACUUGGGACGUUUGUUUGUUUUUUAAAAACUUUAUUCUGAAUACAUGUACUUAAAUACACAAAUAAAACUGCCAUAACUU